GAUAUCGAUCCAAUUCAGCUGCCAGUCCGAAUCUCGAGAUAAUUCAUAUCAUUUUUACUAAAUUGAACUUUCUCCCGAUCAUUUUCUUCGCAAUAAUUUCAUACAAAUUAAUUUCCAGGAGCAAAGUGAAAGUGCCUACUGGUGAAAGUGUUAAUAUCCAAUUAUUUUCAAUUAUCCAAGUAUAAAUCUCAUGCAAUGGCAAGCCCUCAAACUAAUCAAAUCGUGAUCCCGGAACAUAAAGUCAUGUUUAAUCAUCAGUUGCUCGGGCAUGUACUCUCCUUCCUUAAUCUGGACUGUUUAAAAACAUGUCGCAUGGUUUGUGCCCAGUGGGCGUACGAAUCUGGCCGUAUGUUUCCCAGGAUCGCUAUCGAUAUCCAAACGCGUCAUGGGGGUCAAGAAAUUGCGGAAAUAUUCUCAUUUUUGGCGACCCAUCGAGUUUCCUGCAACUUCAUCGUGUCCCCACUACCCACCCCGUGGUACAACUGCCGCCCAGAGGACGACGACGAUUAUGAAACUCUCCGUGCCGAAUACGACGGGCAGCAUAAUGACCCCGACUUUGGUCAUAGGUUGACCUCAGCGUUGAAAAUUACUCCAUCCGUUGGGAUUUUGGUGACCGAGUUGAGACUGGAAGUAAUGCUACGGGAUGGAGACGACGCCAAAUUCCUGGGCCGUAUUUUAAACCAGAUGCAAAAUCUGAAAAGAUUGUGUUUAGACCUCGUGAAUUACUCGGACGAAGGAGUCCAGGCUAUUGAAAGGGGUGACAUUCCUCCAGGAAUAACCACGCUCGGACUGAGGGUGAACGGAGUGAAAGAUGCGGACGGCGUGAAAUCCUUACAACAAGCAUCGUACACUCACUUAAUCGAGUUAUUUCCUUCCCUCAAAUUUUUGGACUUUGACGGAUGGUCUGGACUUUUUAGGAUGGGGCAAGACCUCACAAAAGAAAUUAAAUGUUUAGCAGCUCUUGCCAGGAAGCUAUACCCAUGCCCGAAUUUUCAGGGGAUUCGAGACGACUAUGUUAUCACGGGGGACGCGUGCAACUCAAUAACGGCAUUCCCGCGACCGUUAAAAUUCCUCACGGUCCGAAUGUACCAAAAGGAUCAUCGUACCGUGCACAAAAUUGGGGACAUGUUACGGUUUCAUGCCCCGUCUUUACAAGAGCUGGACCUCCUCUGGCAUAAUUCAGAGGAACAAACCCUUUUCGAGCAAAAGAUCGACUUGCCGAAAUAUUUUCCGGGAUUGAAAUCCCUAAAAUUAAAAUUUGUGACGGGAAUUGAGAUGGGUAAAAUUGAAGGAUUUGUGUUGGACAUGAUGGAUCAAUUUUCUCUUCGGAAGAUAUUUUUGGAAAAUAAGCUUCAAACUUCCAUCCCACUCUUAACCCAUCUCCAAAUACUGGUUAGUUCCUCGGUCCAGAACGAUUUUUGGGAUUAUAUUAUCCCAGACUGUGACAAAAAUGGGAAAAUUUUGGAAAUCCCACAAAUCAAGGGUUUGAGUAUCUCUUUAAUAACGGGAGAUUGUGGGUCCGUCCAAAUAACGAGAUUCUACAAGAUACUUCCCAACCUUACACGGUUCCAGCAUGUCUUCAAGGAAGGGGAAAAAUUGUACAGGUGUGACCAUAGGAUUGAGGCAGGACGCGCACUAAACAGCAAGAAGUCGCCGAGUUAUGUAAGACUAGAUUCUGAGGAGGCCCUGGAGUACGGGGCAGGAUAUAUCGACUGCCUGGUUCGCCCAUUCUUGAAAAUUUCUUAUUCACGUCAACCAUGCUUUUGGGAUUAAGGUGGCAUUGUAUACGGGUUUUUAGUUGGAAUUGUUGUGUCUCAACCUUCCCUUCUUCCAUAUAUUUAAAUGGCGAUUUUGAAACCUAUUCAUCUCCGUGGGGUUUUUACAAUAUGAAGAUUUUA